AUGAAACACAUAUCUAUGAAUAGCAAUGAUUCAGCAAAUAUCAAACCAAAAAGGGACCCACCGGUCCUCCUCCCCCCUGGGGAGCUCGCUGGCCAGCACCGCACAGGGCCCACCGGUCCUCCUCCCCCCUGGGGAGCUCGCUGGCCAGCAACACACAGGACCCACCGGUCCUCCUCCCCCCUGGGAAGCUCGCUGGCCAGCACCGCACAGGACCCACCGGUCCUCCUCCCCCCUGGGGAGCUCGCUGGCCAGCACCGCACAAGACCCACCGGUCCUCCUCCCCACUGGGGAUCUCGCUGGCCAGCACCGCACAGGACCCACCGGUCCUCCUCCCCCGGUGGGUCCUCCUCCCCCCUGGGGAGCUCGCUGGCCAGCACCGCACAGGACCCACCGGUCCUCCUCCCCCCUGGGGAGCUCGCUGGCCAGCACCGCACAGGACCCACCGGUCCUCCUCCCCCCUGGGGAGCUCGCUGGCCAGCACCGCACAGGACCCACCGGUCCUCCUCCCCCCUGGGGAGCUCGCUGGCCAGCACCGCACAGGACCCACCGGUCCUCCUCCCCACUGGGGAUCUCGCUGGCCAGCACCGCAUAGGACCCACAGGUCCUCCUCCCCCCUGGGGAGCUCGCUGGCCAGCACCGCACAGGACCCACCGGUCCUCCUCCCCCCUGGGGAGCUCGCUGGCCAGCACCGCACAGGACCCACCGGUCCUUCUCCCCCCUGGGGAGCUCGCUGGCCAGCACCGCACAGGACCCACCGGUCCUCCUCCCCCCUGGGGAGCUCGCUGGCCAGCACCGCACAGGACCCACCGGUCCUCCUCCCCCCUGGGGAGCUCGCUGGCCAGCACCGCACAGGACCCACCGGUCCUCCUCCCCCCUGGGGAGCUCGCUGGCCAGCACCGCACGGGAGCGCAUGGGGUUGUGCCAAUUGUUUGCCGCAGUCUUUCUUCGCCGAUGGUCUCUCAUGGCGACCCAAAGCUAUGGUAG